AUGGAAGAAAAUUUUUCGCGGAUGGCUGCCAUUGCUAUAUAUAAAAAUGAUUGUAAUGACAUUGAAGGAAAUGAGGAUAAAAAAGUGCAAAAAAACGAAAUCGGCACACAAACAAAACUGAGUACGAGGAAAGUUAGAUUCAUGGAUUGGAAAAAAUAUCACAAGCUCAAUAUAAUUUAUGACUUUUUGGAUGAAUUGGAAAGGGAUUUCCCCGCUAUUUGUACAGUUUCAGUCAUCGGCAAGUCAGUAGAGGGUAGAAGCAUUAAGAUGUUAAAGAUUUCAAACAGUGACGCUAGUAAUUCACCCGUGUGGUUGGAUGCUUCCAUACACCCGAGAGAAUGGAUCACCACGGCUGUUAUUACUUAUAUAGCUAACACAUUAGCCAGAAAUUUUCAUAAUCUUUCAGAGUCAGUCACUAAUAAAGAUUGUUGCGGGUGGGGAAGCAACGGCGACCAAGGUUCUUCAGAUGAACCAAACAACGUAUUCUACAGAGGACCUAUACCCUUUUCAGAACCUGAAACCGUAGCUGUGAGGGAUACUAUAAUGAGUUCAAGCACACCAUUCAAAGUAUUUUUGUCGUUUCAUAGCUACUUCGAAUUGAUAAUUUUCCCAUGGGGACAUAAAACAGAUGCAUGUCCAGACUAUCUUAAUUUACUAGAAGGCGGUACGAUUAUGGCUAGGGCAAUCUACGAAACCAGCGGCAUCACCUAUAAAGUUGGCAGCACCAAGGAUUUGACCUAUUAUGCGUGUGGAACUAGUACGGACUGGAGCUACACUAUGGCAAAUAUACCGUACUCGUAUAUGAUAGAGCUAAGAAGCAGAAAACAUAAAUUUAGACUGCCGAAAGAUCAGAUAAUCGAAACAGGAAAAGAAAUAUGGAAUGCUGUGAAGAAACUUAUGGAUUUUGUAGAUGAACAAAGAUAA